AAGUUCGUUUCUAACCCCACAUUCGGAGAAAUUUGUCAGCCUUGCCAUGUUGAAAGGAAACCUUGGGUGAGCGAAAGCGGAAUCGAAAACGGUAGAAGGUGAAGCUAAAUCCGGAAACCGGACUACAGUUUGUACAAACUGAAGUUUUUGUAAAGGAUGGGGAAAGUUCGGCUGAUCGUAUACGAUUUUGUAAUCUCCUUCAUGUGGGCAUGGUCUGGUGUUGUGAUAAAGACGUUGGUGACGCAAGUUUUGGGGAUCGGUCACCAGCCUAUGGCUGAUUUCGUGAAGGAAGCUUUUUCCGUUGUCAACAUGUUCUUCUUCGCGUUCUUGGGUAAGGUCACCAAUGGCGGCUCUUACAAUCCUUUGUUCAUUUUCGCUUCUGCCGUUUCUGGGGGCUUCGUCCACUUCCUUUUCUCCGUUGGGGCCAGAAUUCCUGCUCAGGUAAUUGGAUCUAUUGUGGGGGUUCGGCUCAUUAUUCAGAUGUUUCCCGAAAUAGGAUCUGGGCCACGUUUGAAUGUCGAUAUCCAUCGAGGUGCACUAGUCGAAGGACUCUUGGCAUUUGCAAUCGUCAGCAUCUCACUUGGUCUUGCUACAAAGAUCCCUGGCAGUUUCUACACGAAGACAUGGAUUUCGAGUAUCUCCAAGAUAGUUCUUCAUAUUCUUGGUUCCGAUCUCACCGGUGGAUGCAUGAACCCUGCCUCUGUCAUGGGAUGGGCUUAUGCUCGUGGAGAUCAUAUCUCGAAGGAGCAUAUACUCGUAUACUGGCUUGCCCCAAUCGAGGCGACUUUGUUGGCAGUCUGGACGUUCCGGUUGGUAGUUAAGCCAAUGACAAAACAGAAUGUAAAAGCUAAAUCUGAGUGAGUACAUCACAUCUGUUGUUUUGCUUUUCCUUUUUUUAAUACUUAACUAACUCAUGUCUAACCU